AUGCUGGAGGUUACGUGCAACGAUCGUUUGGGCAAGAAAGUGCGAGUGAAAUGCAAUCCCAGCGACACGAUUGGUGACCUUAAAAAGCUAGUCGCAGCGCAGACCGGCACCCGGUGGGAAAAGAUUGUCCUGAAGAAGUGGUACACCGUCUACAAGAACCACAUUACUUUGGAAGAUUAUGAAAUCCACGACGGCUUUAAUUUCGAGCUAUACUACCAGUGA